AUGAAGGAUAGCGUUUUUGGAGAUCUUCCAUUAUGGGAUUCCAGGCACAGAAAGCACAUGGAGAAAUUUAUGGGGUCACUAAUGGAAGGCUGCAAACUGACUGUGCAGAACAAGACGUUUAUGAAAUGGCUCAGUGAUGAAAAGUUCGACAUCGCCUUUGCCCACAUGUAUCACACCUGCCCAAUUGCACUAAUUCAUGCAGCGAAAAUCCCCACAUGGAUAUGGUUGCUCAGAAUGGUAGUCAACAAAGAAACAGCCAUAAUGAGAGAGCACUGGGAUGCCAACUUUCCAGACAUCUUGGAUUUGGCAAGCAAAUGUCCUUUGAUUAUGGCCAACAGCAAUGAGCUGUACGAGUUUCCUAGACCAACACUCGCUAAGGUGGUGAACAUUGGUGGACUUGGAGUUGAGCACAAGGAUGCCAAGCCAUUGAAAGGAAAAUUCAAGAAGAUCGUGGAAACAGGAAAAGGCUUGGUGGUAAUGUCGUUCGGGUCGGUAGCACAAACUGAAUGGAUGCCUGAACAAUGGAAGACAGCCAUGUUGAAGGCUUUUGCUCGGUUCCCUGACUAUCAAUUUGUGAUACGAUAUGUGCCUGACGACCUAAAAGAUCAUCUUCCACCAAAUGUACACACUUUUUCGUGGUUACCACAAGCUGAUCUUCUGCAACAUCCACGCACAAAGCGUUCAUUUCACAUGGCGGAUACAACAAAACUGAAUCAGGAAGCGAUCAAUGCUGGUGUUCCGCUCAUCACAAUAGCCCUUUUCGGCGACCAGUUCAAAAACUCCAAAAUCGCUGCCAAGCACGGUUUCGCAGUGAACAUCAAGAAACCCGAGCUGAGCGAAGAAACUCUGUACGCCGCUGUCAAGGAAGUUCUUGAGAACGAUAAGUAUUCUCGUAGCGCCAAACGCCUAUCAUUGAUGGUUCAGAAGAAGCCAGUCAGUCCAGAACAUCUGCUUGUCAAAUGGACCGAGUUCGUGGCCGAAUUCCAGACACUCGACAAUCUGGUGCCAGCUGGAACAAAACUCAACGUUAUACAGUACUACUCCAUAGACGUUAUAGCAGCAUUGCUAUCAGUACUCCUCAUCAUCCUCUUCAUUGUCUACAAAACUGCCAAAUUCAUCUUCCUGAGGUGCUGUUGCAGGUCUAAAAAGACUAAGAAGGAGUGA